GGAGUCUGAAUUCACAGGCAUCUUCCGUGUCAGUCAUGCCAGGUCUCGGUGAUCAUUUGGACCUUAGUGCUUCCUGACGACGCUUGUGUUCAAGUGCUGCUCUCCGGGGCCACACGGUGGCGCCGGGCGUGUAGUCUGACACCCGUCUUCCAGCCGAGAAACGUGAGGCUCAGAGACCACCUGAGCCCCGCAGCUGCUAGGACCCCUGGCCCCCGCCACCCUGCUGUCCUGAGGGGGGGCUCCUGCUUGGUGAGGUCUGGGGGUGGAUCUGGAUGGCGUCCCUGAGCCCUCUGCCACUGGGGGUCCAUUGGGGCUGCGGACCCUCUUCCAGGGUGGGUCUGCCGUGGGGCUGGCAGGGCGGUGCCGGCUGCUGGCCGGGGACCUCAGCUGCUCCUGAUGUGGGCUCACGAGGGGCUGCGAGUGUCCGUACGACCUGGCCCUGGCUGCCCCAGCUCAUGGUCUGAGAGAUGACCUGUCCUGGAGUUGUGUCUGUCCUUUCCGCAGCAUCCUGCUGGUCUUGUGGGGCAGCCUGGGUGGUGUGGGGCUGCACAGGGGUGGGAGUGCCCAGGGCUGUCCUGGUGAGGUCCCCAGCUGUCCCGCUGGGAGCCCCACGUCUCCGACCAGCCUGAAUGGUGCCUGAGCGAAUGCAGCUAUGCUGACUGCCAGCUUUCUCCUUGAGAGGGCAUUUCUCUGCUUCACAGUAUGUGGUGGAUGCUCUAGACCUUUCUCCCAGGAGGGAUCCAAAGGGCGGUGGGGAGCUCAGGUUCCCAGCCGGCGGGGGCCUGGCAGGAACAGCAUCAGGAUGUAGCCCCAGGGCCCAUGGUGUGCUCUGACCCCAGGUGGGGUUCUGUUUGUCCGCAGUGGAUGGGGCUCUGGCGAAUGAGGAGAGCUCACAAGGUCACAUCCUGGGAAUAUCCACCUCUUUGACACGUGUCCCCUGCAGGAAGACACUGCCCAAGUGAAACCCAACCUGCUUUUUCUUUCUUGUACGUGGGCUCUGGCACGGUUGAAGUGCAGGAGAUCACAUCUCUGGUCUGCAUGAGGCCACGUUCCGGCAGAACCAGCCUGAGUGAACAGUGACUGCCGACGCCAGUCGGGGGCGGGGUGGGGUGGGGUGGAGUCCCGGCGAGAGACUUUCCCUAUGCCCUGUCCCAGCACAAGACACAGACAGGCCCGUGCAGGAGUGUGAGGCUGGCCCGGGCCAUAGGCACACCCACCGAGCCGGGUUUGGGACUGGCCUGGGCCUGUCCCUGGGGGUGCUGGAGGUUCAGAAACAAGGAAGAGGCUGUUUCCCUGGGGCCUUCAGGUCUUGCAUCUUCAGUACCAUGAGCGGUUGAGGCACUGAUGGAAUGUUAACGGUGUUGCCUUGCUUUUGUGGACCCAGUUCUCCCAAGGUGAACGCCACUGGGGCAGCCUCGACUUCACGUUUGACCUUGAUGUGAUGGAAGUGGUUCAGCUGCCUUUGGAGUUCGUGAAGCAGCUUUGUCUAAAGAUACAGUCUGAAAGACCAGAAUCUCGCUGUGACAAGGACCUGGACACUCUCAGUGGCUAUGCCCUGUGCCUUCCAAACUUAGCCAGACUUCAGACCUACUGUUUUGCAGAGCACCGGCCAAUUCUGUGUGUGGAGAUCAAGCCCAAAUGUGGGUUUAUUCCUCUCUGCGGCGCCGUGACGCACGAGCUGAAGCACCGCGUGUGCCGCUACUGCAUGCACCAGCACCUCAAGGUGGCAACCGGGAAGUGGAAGCAGAUAAGCAAAUACUGUCCCCUCGACCUCUACUCAGGAAAUAAGCAGAGAAUGCACUUUGCCUUGAAGAGCCUGUUACAGGAAGCUCAGAACAACUUAAAGAUAUUUAAGAACGGGGAGCUGAUCUACGGCUGCGCGGACGCCCGCAGCCCCGCGGCGGACUGGACCGAGCUCGCGCACCACCUGAAGCCCUUCUUCUUCCCUUCCAACGGCCUGGCCGGCGGGCCCCACUGCACCAGGGCCGUGAUCCGGGAGCUGGUGCGGGUCAUCACGCGGGUGCUGCUGAGCGGCUCGGACAAGGGCCGGGCGGGUGCCCUGAGGCGGGGGCCUGCGCCACGGGGCCCUCGUGUCUGCGAAGCCAGCCCCUUCGGCAGGAGCCUGCGCCGCCAAGGAAAAAACAGCCCGGAGUGCUCGGGGUUACCGAAGGGCUGUCUUCUGUACAAAACCCUCCAGGUGCAGAUGUUGGACCUGCUGGACAUCGAAGGCCUCUACCCUUUGUACCGGCGGGUCGAACGGUACCUGGAGGAGUUUCCUGAGGAGAGAAAAACAUUGCAAAUAGACGGGCCUUAUGAUGAAGCGUUUUAUCAGAAGCUGCUUGAUCUUUCCACUGAGGACGAUGGGACGGUGGCCUUUGCACUGACGAAGGUUCAGCAGUACCGGGUGGCCAUGACCGCGAAGGACUGCUCCAUCAUGAUCGCGCUCUCCCCCUGCCUGCAGGACACAAGCUCCGAGCAGAGGCCUGUUGUCCCUUCGUCGAGAUCCAGGUUUGCUUUCUCCGUGUCCGUGCUGGACCUCGACCUCAAGCCCUACGAGAGCAUUCCUCACCAGUACAAACUGGACGGCAAGAUAGUCAACUUCUACUCCAAGACUGUACUCGCCAAAGACGCAGCCGUGACGCCGGCCAGGUACAAGGAGAGGGAGGACUGCACGCUGGUCCUCCGGAAGGUCUAGGCGCUUCCUGCGGGGUCUUCAAAACUUGAACACAGAAUGUGCAGGCCGAGGGAGAGAGCUGUUUUCUGUUGUGUUGGGUGACCUUAGGCUGUGAGUGUUUUUGCUUUUUAACCACCUGGCCAGGUAGGGCUGUGUCUGGGUGACCCCGCAUGGAAGGGCCGCAGAAACACCUUCAAGGACGAGUGUCAGACCUGAGCGCUGCUGCGUGUGGUGUCCCCACACCUUCUGCUCUGGGCCACUCCUCCUCCCCACCCAGGGCUGAUGUCUAAUCGCUGAUGUAAAAGCCUUAAGACCCUAGGUUUGGAUCUCCUGCCACCAGACUCUAACAUAGAAAACUUGAAUUGUCGCGUACAUCUUACAGUUGGUCUUGAAAGAAAACAUGGAUACUACUGGAACUUUCCCAGCUGAGUUAUGUAGUAGCUUUGUCUGUGCGAGCCCCCAGUCAGCACAGGCCUCGUGGGCUCUGCCGCACAGAGGGAUGCGGGGCUGGUGCGGACGAGGGUCCUGAGCUGCGUGGACUUGACGUCUCUUUGGAGGUGCCACGGCCACUGCUCUGCACAGGGUCUUCAGGGAGCAUGGGACUCAGGUCAGGGGUGGACACCACUCACGAGCGCUUUCUCUGACGUGAGGGGAGCCGAGGCGUUCCGUGCCGUGUGGCUGCCGCUGCGGCGCGGGAGCUGGGGGGCUGCGCGCCUCGCAUCCGGUGCUUGGGGGGAGCCGCCAGCUCUGCUCCUGCAGCGAUGAGCGACUCCUGGCUGGCACCAAGAGGGUUCUUGUUGGGGUCACCGUAGUGUGCCCGGCUGCUAAGAAAACUGGGGGGAAUCUUGGCUUUGGUUUUUUACUCUAUGGUGGGUUGUACAGAUUAUUUAUAUCAUCGUUUUGAGGGACUAAUGAAGGUUUAUUGUAACAUAAGAUUAUAAUAGCAAAACCACGGUAUUGUAUGAAAAUGCUACGUGAAAAAUAAGAAUAUUUUGCUGAUUGUAAAUUUCUGUGGGGAAUUUUGUGAUAACUUGAGAAUUAUACUUGUUUGAAUCAA